UAAUAAACAAUAAACACUUCACAACAUGAUGCAAUGUUGUUACUUUCAACUUGGGAAGGCCGCUUUCAAUCGAAAAUUCCAAACACACUAUCGGUUGUGUACUGUUCAUACUUAAUCUACGUUGAUAUGCGACCAGAUAAAAACUCGGACGACAAAGUUAAAAAUACAUUACACUAUAAAACAUCAAGCGCAUCAUCGUUUCUCGCUUUAAGUGGCAAAUAUUUAAACAAACUGACCCAUGGUUUCAAGGCUGGGUGUUGUUUACACGUCUAUCUCUUAUUAAUCACAUCAACCGGUUAUUGUUCCGAUCUUUAGUUUGUGUUUUAAGUGAGUUACUGCUGACGCUACGUAGUGUGUUUUAAAAGUGCAAUGUUUUUGUUAAUUAUUGCUGCAGUGUUCGCGUUAUUCUUGUACUUUCUGUACUUCAAACCGUUAUGGCAUUGGAAAAGUAAAGAUGUUCCCUUCACAAAUCCCGUUCCUGUGUUCGGGAACAUGGGAAAGGCAAUUUUCCGAAAGGAACACAUGAUGACAAUCGUAAAAAAUAUUUAUGACAAAUUCCCAGAUUCCCCAUGUGUUGGAUUUAUCAACUUCCAGCAGCCUAUUUUAAUUAUAAGAGAUCCAGAAUUAAUUAGAAAAAUUGCGAUCAAAGAUUUUGACGUCUUCCCUGGUCACAAUGCUAUUGCCAGUGACGACGUUGAUCCACUCUUGAGCAAGAAUUUGUUCUCAAUUCAAGAUACGCAGAGGUGGCGUCAUCUUCGAAGCACACUAUCUCCGUCAUUCACAGCGAAUAAAUUAAGACUUAUGUUCGAUUUAAUGCAGGAAUGUGCUAAAAAUUUUGCCAAUUACUAUCUUCAACAAAAUGAUGAAGUUAUCGAGGUAGACAUGAAAGAUGCCUGUGGGCGCUUUGCAACGGAUGUUAUAGCUACCUCUGCGUUUGGUAUAAAAAAUGAUUCAUUACAAAAUCGAAAUAAUGAGUUUUAUCUAAUGGGAAAAGAUUUUAUCGACUUUACUGGGCUAAGAGCAAUAAAACUUUUUUUAUUCGGUUCCGCUCCAAAGCUUAUGAAGAUUUUACGAAUAGGAAUAUUCAAUAAAGAAGUUACGGAUUUUUUCCAAAACAUUGUAUCAGGAAAUAUAAAAAUGCGUGAAGAACAAAACAUUGUAAGACCAGACAUGAUAAACCUUCUGUUGGAGGCAAGAAAAGGUAAGUCUAAAAACGAAAACACCGAUCCUGCAGAUGCCGAAGCAGAAGCUUUUGAAUCAGAAGAAGAAUCAGAAAGGACACAAAAGGAUGCCACUUGGCAAAUGGAAAUUACUGACCAAGAUAUCACAGCUCAAGCGCUGAUAUUCUUUUUGGGUGGCUUCGAAACGACUUCUACUAUCAUGAGCUUUGCAUUCGCCGAACUUGCUGUAAAUCCUAAUGUUCAGAAAAAACUGAAUGAAGAAAUAAAUGGGGUGUUUGAAAGAACAGGAGGGAAAGUAAAGUACGAAGACAUUCAGCAAAUGAAAUAUAUGGAUAUGGUUACAUCAGAAACCCUCAGAAAGUGGUCAGGUCUGACGGACAGAAAGGCUGUAAAAUCAUACACCAUUUACCAAGGUAAUGGUAAGCAACCUUUAAAAGUCGAAAAAGAUGAUAUGAUAUGGAUUCCCAUGUACGCUAUACACAGAGAUUCCAAGUAUUAUCCAGAUCCGGAAAUUUUCGAUCCAGAAAGAUUCAGCGACGAGAGAAAACACGAAAUAAAACCAUUUACCUACUUACCAUUUGGAACUGGUCCAAGAAAUUGUAUAGGCAUGAGGUUUGCCCUUUUGGAGGUAAAAAUCGCUCUAUUCAACAUUCUACUUCACUUUGAAGUUGUUCCAACAGGGAAAGUGAAAAUACCUCUCCAGCUAGACAAAGCUCAGUUUUCGCCGUACCUCGAUGGAGGAUUCAUAUUCGGACUUAAAAAGAAGAAGGCGAAAGACAAGAAAUUAUGAGAAAAAUACACAGAAGCAGCGUUCCUACAGGACUUCAUUCGAAGUUGAAGAGAAAACGAUUAUGAUUUAUGUCUUAUAA